GAGAGAUGCUACACACCCACCGCACUCGACACACACAGCUUUUUACUCUGCUUAUGGAAUAAAUCCUGCAAAAUAACAAAUGGAAGACGCAAAGACAAAGUGGGAAAUAAAUGAUUUUGCAUCUGCAGGAUCUAACGGAUGAUUUCUUUUUUUUUUUUUGGACAAUAUGCUGGUUGCUAAACGUGCAAGGUUGUUUUUAUUCAUCCUCCACUUCUCAUUCUCUGUUUUUUCUUCAUUCAUUGGUGCCUAUGAAGAGAAUUAACCUAUCCAUCUUUUCAGUCCUUUUUUCAAAGGAGGGUGGGAGGAGGAGGAGGAAAACUGAGGGAGAUGAGUGCAGCAAAUCCCCCUUUUUUGUUCAUCUCAUAGCGCUCAAUAAGUGAAGAAUGUGUCGUCUAUCACUCAUCGAGGGGAUCAAGUGUGCAGGACUGAGAGCAGCACACUGAGAGGAGCUGAGUGGAGCAGCAUCACUUAUCACCUUCAUCAUCAUCAUCAGGUUCCAACGGUGUCCUGUAUCAUUUCAAUCACAUAAACGGACAAAAACGGUGUGAGCGAAAUUUGUUUUGCAACACGCGUCUCUCUGUGGAAUGUGAAGUGGUGCCAUGCAGUUUCUCGCUCUGUUCACCGCACUGAAAGCAGCCUGCGUGCUGCUUCUCUCCUCCCGCAUCUCCAGCUCAGCGGCGGCCAACAGCAGCGGACGGUGGUGGGGGAUUGUGAAUGUAGCAUCAUCCACCAACCUCCUCACCAAUAGCAAGAAUGUACAAUUAGCCCUGGACCCUAGCCUUGCUUUGCUAAACCGUCGACAGAGGAGGUUGAUUCGGCAAAACCCCGGCAUCCUCCAUGCCAUCGCAGCCGGUCUUCAUACGGCCAUCAAGGAGUGCAAGUGGCAGUUCCGCAACCGCCGGUGGAACUGUCCGACGUCCCACAGCCCUACGGUGUUUGGCAGAAUCAUCAACAGAGGCUGCCGAGAGACAGCAUUUGUGUUUGCUAUCACAAGUGCUGGUGUUACCCACGCUGUGGCACGGUCCUGUUCUGAAGGCUCAAUCGAGUCAUGCACCUGUGACUACCGGAGACGAGGGCCUGGGGGUCCAGACUGGCACUGGGGAGGUUGUAGCGACAAUGUUGACUUUGGCAGAAUGUUUACACGGGAGUUUGUUGACUCCAGUGAGAGGGGCCGAGACCUGCGAUACCUCAUUAACGUACACAAUAAUGAGGCAGGAAGAAUUACUGUUUCCUCAGAGAUGCGUCAGGAGUGUAAAUGUCAUGGGAUGUCAGGCUCCUGCACUAUUCGCACCUGCUGGAUGCGCCUGCCCAGCUUCAGAACAGUUGGAGACUUAUUAAAAGAUCGUUUUGAUGGUGCUUCCAGAGUGGUGUAUGCUAAUAAAGGCAGCAACCGAGCUUCUCAUCGAGCCGACCCUCGCCACCUGCAGCCUGAGAACCCUGCUCACAAACUCCCUUCUGUGAAAGAUCUUGUCUACUUUGAGAAAUCACCCAACUUCUGCUCCUACAACAGCAAAAUGGGUACGCUUGGCACAUCUGGGCGCACCUGCAACAGUUCUUCACCAGCGUUGGAUGGCUGCGAGUUGCUGUGCUGUGGGAGAGGUUAUAAGACCCGGAUUGAGAAGGUCACUGAGAGAUGUCACUGCACUUUCCACUGGUGCUGCCAUGUGAGCUGCCUCAACUGCACCAGUACACAGACACUUCACCAGUGCUUAUAAUAUCUGUGGCAGCUGCCAUUGUUCCUGAGAUCAUCAAUCAGGAUUGGAAGAGGUCAGCGGAUUUGAGUGACCAGAUGGCAAAAAUACAAAAUCUGCCAGAGAAUUUGUUUUGAAGUGGAUUAAAACAAAAGCAAAUGACAUGACUAUGGCAAAACAUGAUAAUCAGCCAUUUCUUUGAUAUUAUUUUUUUUUACGUCAACCAGCGCUGUCAUUAAAAAUUGUACUGUGAGAGAUAUCCUAAUGACUGCUUGGGAACAAACUCUAAACACAUUUACUCGAAACAUUAUAAUAGUAGAUUUAGAGCGUGUGCAUCAAAUGAAACGAAUGAGAUGCAAUGGAGACUACUACUGCUAUCCACUAUGGCACACAGAGAAGCCAGUUACUGAGAAGGAUACAGUCCAAAAAUAUGUAUGGAUUUUGAGGCCAGAACCACCAGUCUCUGGGUUCUACCGUCUCCUCCCUCUCUUGCUCUCUGAUUCUCCAAGGAGCAAGAAACUGGGAAGCAGGAACUGUACACAAACUCUGACAGAUGUUCCUGUGGCCAGGGAACCACAAGCAUGUUCUCUCAUAAACGGUGAAAAACUCCUACUGCAGGAUAGUACUUUAAAAUAUCAGUGUGUUGUUUUCUUUAGCUACAGCUCAACUUUUCUUACAAAAAAACAAAAAAUAUUACGUGAAGUACAUCUCAAGCAUGUGCUGUUUCCCGAUUUCAGUAUAGUGCAGGAAUGAUGGACUUCAUCCAAAUACUUAAGAUUUCCCACUCAAACUCAGCGUAUUUCCCGGCCUGGCUAACGAUGUCCUGUCAUUUCGCAUUCAUACUCACUACUGUGUGGCAUACCACACCGUGGUACUGAUAAAAAAUGGCUGCAAACAAACAUCAACAGAGAGACUAUAAGUUUCUUGUAAAACGAAUGAAUGUAGUGACCAAACACUGAACGACACUUCUGAAUUGAUCCACUUCUUGUGGGUGUACGGAGUAGCACUAAAAAUGUAGUAACUGUUUAACAAGCGGAAGUAAUCCAGAGAAGUUUGGAGCAGACCACGCACAUGAAAAAGGGCACCUGUACCACUAUGUAAAAUAAAACGAUGAUUCUAAGAUAUAAGAUAAUUGUAAAUGACCUGCUACCUAGUUUACAGUUAAGCUUGGGGUGUGAAACCACAACUGUUUUGUAUAUCAGCUGGCAAAACCAAAAUGUUGUAAAUAUUAAACAUAGAUAAAUAUAUAUUUAUGCUGAUGAAACCUAGAGAUUAUCAAAAUGAUAUAAUCCAAAAGCAGAGUGUAAAACCUAUCAAUUUUUUCCUGUGUAUUUUCAUUCAUUGAGUUUUUAAAAUUUUGUACU